ACGGGCUCACAUCACCGGGCGGACGGACCGGAGGAGACGCAGCGGCACCUCGGCUCCUCUGCGGGGUCGCAGGAGGGAUCAUCUGCAGUAGCAGGCCACCAUAAAGCUCCAGACAGCCACUUCAGCUUCUCUUCGCCAUUCGCGGACCUUGAUGCGGCCCAGCCAUGGGAACAUGGCCCAGUAUACGGCUGGCUUUCAUACUGGGGUCUCUGUUCAUGAGCCUGCUCAUCAUUGUGUACUGGGAAAACAUACUGAGGCUGGACGCAGGUUCGGUGCCUAUUCUCUAUGGACCACUUCACACUGGCUGGAAUAACAGGACCAACAAAGACCCUUCACAGCCUGUUAACACCAGCAGAUCUGAGGCCACUGUCCCCACCACCACGCACAUCCCUGUUCAGCAAGAUGAAGAGGGGCAACACUGGGAGGAGGAGGAACUGGAGGUAAAACAGGAGAGGAGGAAGGAGGAAACACUGGAGGGAAAUGAGAAAGAGAGCAGUGGCGUUUCUGCUGAAGAUAUGGAACAAAAAGCAAGGAAGCAGAGGAUCAUGGACGUGUGCUCAGAAAUGAGCUCCUCCGAGGAGUUUCCAGCAAUGAAACGCAGUUUUAAUCAGAUCCCAAACAUGGAGCUGGAUCACUUCAUAGUCGAUGAUAAACACCAAAUCAUCUACUGCUAUGUUCCCAAGGUGGCAUGCAGCAACUGGAAGAGGAUGAUGAUGAUCCUCAGUGAGUCUCAGAUCUCACCCUCCUCAGGAAAACCUUACACUGAUCCCGUAGAAAUACCUACUAACAUCGUACACAACGGCUCUAACUACCUCACUUUUGAUAAGUUUCCCAGCAUUUAUGGUUCUCUGUCCCACCACCUGAUGGCAGUCAAGCUCCAGAAGUACACCAAAUUUCUGUUUGUGCGAGACCCCUUUGUCAGACUCAUCUCUGCCUUCAGGAACAAGUUUGGAAAGCCCAAUCAGGUCUUCUACAAGCGGUUUGGUUCCGUGAUCCUGCGUCGUUACGGCGGUGUGUCUUAUUUGCCAGACACAGCCAAGGAGGCGUUUGCUGCAGGACUCAAACCCACGUUUCAGCAGUUCAUCACCUACCUGCUAGAUCCCCAGACCGAGAGAAGAGAGCUCUUCAAUGAACACUGGCGGCAGAUUUACCGUCUGUGCCAUCCUUGUCAGGUGAAGUAUGACUUCAUCGGGCGACUGGAGACCCUCGACACAGACGCAGAGCAAGUUCUGAAACUCAUGAAAGUGGACAAUCUGCUGCAUUUCCCUUCAGCGUACCAAAACCUGACUGUAGUCAGCUGGGUAAGAGACUGGUUUGAGCAGAUUCCCUUUGAGGCACGGAGGAAACUGUACAAGCUGUACGAACCUGACUUCAAGCUGUUUGGCUACCCCAAGCCCGACAGCGUCGUAGACGAGUAGACGGCUCCGAGCAGGAUACCUGGGAACUGCACCAUGUGUAGAGUCCACGUCCCGCCAACCUGCACACAGCCAGCACAUCUUCCUGAAGACCUGUCAAUGCUGCUGUUUGCACCUUUUAUUUAGUGCAAACCUCAAACUACAGAAGUGCCUGUCAGUGUAAUUCUGUCAUCAUUUUAUAUGUAUGUAUGACGCAAACUUGGUUGCCAAUUACAUGUUUUCAGUCUGUUUUCCUCAUGCAAAAGCACUUUGUAUAAUAUUCUGUGAAUAUUUUGUUUCUCAAAAAGCUAUUUCUUGAUGUUUCAAGUGGAGGUAGUGUGCCUUCAUUACUGUAAUGAACUCAUGUUUGAAAACUGUAAUUUAACAGUUUGUUAUGUUGGGUGGUUGAACACACAAAGGUGAAGGAGGAUUCAAACAGUUAAAUGUAUCCAUAUGUGUCAAAAUCAUAAUGCAGUUGAAAGAAAGCAACUCAAUAAGUCACCACCAAUCAAUUUAAGCACUAUUUAUUUAAAUUUUAACUGCUAAAGUAAGAGGGGUAAUCAGUGGAAAGCCAACAUAAUGAUGGUAUUAUGAUAAUUAUAUGGAAUAUU